AUGUCUUUUCGGACGAAAGUGCAGGUGGAGGUUUCGCCUGUACAAAUAGAACCAAUAGGUGAUGUUUAUAAACAAAACGUUGAAGUUGACACUCAUCCGCCCGAGCCGGUGCCCUUGCUCAAAUCUACGGAAACAUCAUCUGGAACUGAUGAUACAGACGUACCAGACCGGCCAAUUAGCUUUGAAAUUUUGACACAGAAUAACAAACGUUGUGAUGGGUUUUCUGUUGACGCAGAACUCACUACUGACUCAGAAAAUGUUAUUAUAAAUCAAACUGAAUUGACAAACUUAGAAUCGUUAGAGUUCUUCCUCUUCAGUAAAUUGGCAUUUAAACCAUAUAAAGAUGAUGAUAUGACAUGGUAUCGUGUCACUGAUAGUUGGAAUGAUGUCGGCCAGUUGUCAAUAACGCUGUACGGAGCAAAAGGGCUGAGCGCUCUUACCCUUAGCGGCAGUGUCAAUGCUUAUUGUAUAUUGGAGUUGGACAAUGCAAGAGUACAAACUCAUACGAUUAAAGGCACUUCUGAGCCUAGCUGGGACAAGAACUUUGUAUUUUCAAUAAACGAUAUCACAUCAACGGUAGAUAUAGCCGUGUAUGAAGAAUCAUUAAUUCAGUCGAUGAAGGGGGAGAUGCUCGGGAAGAUAUCUAUACCUUUGUUGAGGAUACAGAAUAAUGAGAAGAGAUGGUACGCUUUAAAGAAUAGGUCGAAGAAAGCAAGCGCGAGGGGAAACUGUCCCCGGAUACUGUUGGAGAUGUCCGUUGUAUGGAAUCCGGUAAAAGCGUCAAUGAGAUUGUUCAGGCCGAAGGAAACGAAAUAUAUUCAAAAAUCACCUAAAUUCGACAUUCCACUUAUUUAUAGUAAUUUAAUAUUUAUUAAACAUAUAUUUAAAGUUUUCCGGUCGGGAAACGAGCAUUUUAAACGAGUAUUCGAAUGGGAAAAUCAAGAGCUGUCAGCGAUGGCGCUCGGCGGUUGGCUGAUUUUCUGGUACUUCUUCAGGCUGUGGAUGACACCCUUAUUGCUUCUCUUGCCUUUCAUACACUACUGGCUCGUGCAAAGAAAUAAUACCGUCAUCGUUCCCUUAUAUCAGUCUGAGGAUGAUGAGUCAGACGAGGAAGUAGAGACACAAAAGGAUGAAAAGACGAUAAAAACGCGGAUAUCCGAGUUACAGGAUCUCACAAUAACCAUAAAAACCGGAAUCGAUUAUAUCGUAUCUCUCCUUGAGAGGCUGCAUAAUUUGGUGAACUUCAGCGUGCCGUACUUAAGUUAUUUAUUUAUGCUCGCCCUCGUGGGAUUAUCGAUAGCUUUCUACCUCAUACCAGCCAAUUAUAUGUUUAUGGCAUUUGGUUUAUAUAAGUUCGGCCGUAAGUUUCUCAAUCCUGGGAGAGUUCCUAACAACGAUAUAUUAGAUUUUAUAUCACGAGUUCCGGAUAAUCAGAUGCUGAAACAAUGGCGCGAACUGAAAGUCCCCGAGCCUAACCUCUCUCGGUCAGACUCCGGAAAGCGACGGUAG